CCUUCCUCAUUAGAGGCACUUCAGCAAAUGCUCUGCAUAAACACUUCACCACUCAGUUUCCCAACAACUCAUGGAAAUGGAGGACCAGAUAGAAAGCCAGAAGAGAAGAGGAAUUAGCAAAGAUGACUUGAUCUCUGAGCGGACCGGCUCCCUGGGAUGCAUUGGUUGGUUCAUUGUCAUCCUCUCGGGCAUCUUCACCAUGCUUCUCUUCCCCUUCACCAUCUGGUUUUGUCUGAAGAUCGUUCAGGAAUAUGAACGUUCCGUCAUCUUCAGGCUGGGACGCAUCACGGACAGGAAGGCUAAAGGACCAGGUAUCUUCUUUGUUUUGCCGUGCACUGAUUCCUUUGUGAAGGUGGAUCUACGAACAAUUUCAUUUGACAUCCCACCACAAGAGAUCUUGACCAAGGACUCAGUUACAGUAUGCGUUGAUGGAGUUGUGUACUUCCGGGUCAGUGACCCCAUCGCCUCCGUGGCCAACGUGUCGAACGCUGACUUUUCCACCCGUCUGCUGGCACAGACCACCCUCAGAAAUGUUCUGGGGACGAAAAACCUGGCAGAGCUCUUGUCAGACCGGGAAGGCAUCGCUCACAGCAUGCAGUCCAGCCUGGAUGAAGCCACAGACCCCUGGGGCAUCAAGGUGGAGCGUGUGGAGAUCAAAGAUGUGAAGCUGCCAGUUCAGCUGCAGAGAGCCAUGGCUGCUGAGGCAGAGGCUUCCCGAGAGGCCAGAGCCAAGGUGAUUGCAGCAGAGGGUGAGAUGAAUGCAUCACGUGCCCUGAAGGAAGCGUCCCUCGUGAUCGCAGAGUCUCCGUCAGCGCUGCAGCUUCGCUACCUGCAGACUCUCAACACCAUCGCAGCAGAGAAGAACUCCACCAUCAUCUUCCCUCUGCCCAUGGAUGUCAUUUCUCACUUCAUGCGGAAGUGAUUUCUCCAAGAUGAUUCAAUCUGCUGGUCCUCAAUAUUCAUUGAGUCGCUUUCUGCAGCUGCGAGUAGUAACUGCAGAGAUAAAACUGUUAUCAAAUGGUCAAAUGUUAUUUCAAACUGAUCCUACAAAUACAUUGAUGGUUCUUUAUAGUCAAGCUGUGACGAGGCCAAGCCUGCUAACCAAUGUGGAUUACAAAGAAGCUGUCAGCAUAGUAUGUCUUUACUUUAAAUGAAAUUAGCAUUAUAUGUAAUUAAAUUUUAUAAUAAACACUGUCUCUAUAUUAUACAGUAUGAUGUGAUGUUGAUCACUUGCAAAAUUUAAUCAUGGAAAUAAAAUGAAUA